GAGCCCAAAGGCCUGCCAAACAAAAUAAUAGCAUAGCACGAGGCCCUUAUCGUUUUGCCUUACAAAAAACGAGGCCCUUAUCAUUCUGUUGUCCAGGAUUUUGGUCUUGGAAAGAUUCCUCCCUUUUCCACUUCGGCAGAUUCCGCCUUCAAAUCUGCGCCCAUCUCACCUGCUGCAAGGUCUACGAGAUUCUGCCCGCCUCCUCCAUCAGAUCGAUCCCUCUCCACACCAGAUUCCUGCAUCUCCUCGUCCGAACCUUCUUUCAGUUCCGUGGUUCCUCUUGCUUUCUGCGGCCUGAUGGGAAGCAGAGAUGACGAUGGGCAUAUCACAGAAUGCCAAGGAUAUGCCGCGGAUAUCAAUUCCAUCCGGGAGGCGCGGGCGCGCAUCGCACCAUACGUGCACAAGACACCCAUCCUGUCAUCAACGUCUAUCGAUGCCAUAGCAGGGAAGCAGUUGUUCUUCAAGUGUGAAUGCUUCCAGAAGGCAGGGGCAUUCAAGAUCCGAGGGGCAUCCAAUUCAAUAUUUGCCCUUGAUGACAGCCAGGCAGCAAAGGGUGUUGUCACGCAUAGCAGUGGAAACCAUGCUGCUGCUGUGGCACUGGCUGCAAAGCUGCGUGGCAUACCUGCUUACAUUGUCAUACCGAAAAACGCGCCAGCAUGUAAGGUUGAGAAUGUUAGGCGUUAUGGUGGUCAGGUUAUCUGGAGCGAUGUCACCAUGGAAUCAAGAGAAUCUAUAGCUAAAAAAGUCCAGGAAGAAACUGGUGCUAUUCUUAUUCAUCCAUUCAAUGAUAAGUAUACCAUCAGUGGUCAGGGUACAGUAUGCCUUGAACUUUUGGAGCAAGUCCCUGAGAUCGACACAAUAAUUGUUCCAAUUAGUGGCGGUGGUUUAAUUUCUGGUGUGACACUGGCUGCAAAGGCCAUAAACCCCUCGAUACGUAUUCUGGCAGCAGAGCCGAAGGGUGCUGAUGAUUCAGCCCAGUCGAAGGCUGCUGGAAGAAUCAUCAAACUGCCGGCGACCAGCACCAUUGCUGAUGGACUACGAGCUUUUCUUGGUGACUUAACAUGGCCGGUGGUGAGGGACUUGGUGGACGAUGUCAUCGUCGUGGAUGACAAUGCCAUUGUGGACGCCAUGAAGAUGUGCUACGAGACGCUGAAGGUGGCCGUGGAGCCUAGCGGAGCCAUUGGUCUUGCCGCUGCCCUCUCCGACGAGUUCAAGCAGAGCUCUGCUUGGCAUGAGAGCAGCAAAAUAGGGAUCAUUGUUUCCGGAGGCAAUGUGGACCUCCGCGUGCUAUGGGAUUCCUUGUAUAAAUGAAGAUCGUGCCACACAAAAACUGUUUGAAUUUGAAAUGCACGAGGUGAAUGGCUGCAGACUUGUAAACCCACUGAUUUCUGACAGGCUGAUCUGCUCGGUGCAAAACGUUUUA